GCCCGCCGCCUCGCAUCACGCGCACAUGGAACAACCUACCUUCAAUCAUCAUCUCUUUUGUUUUUUCGAAACAUAUUAUUAUUAUUUUUUGUUUUAUUUCCUAUAUUAUUAAUUUCUCAUAAUUUAUUUCUUGAAUAUAGGAAAUUUCGCAGGUAUAUCCUCCAUAAAAAUGGAAAAUAAUCUACUAAAUUAAUUAGACUCGUGAAGAGUGAUCUUAGAUUUGAUAGUACCACAAAACCCUAGAAGUUAGUGCUAGUAUUAUUUCUCCCCACCCGACAAAUCUUAAAUUUAGUGACAUUUAUUUCUCCAUCUCUUUUUUUUCCAAUCUUCUAAAUUAAUCAUUAUACACAGAAAUUUGUAUUAUUCAAGAAAUUGUAUUUUUCAUUCCAAUUUUUCUUGGAAGUAUUACUUUUUUUUUUUUUUUUUUUUGUGUGUGUGUGCUUGUACUUGUUUUAGCUUUGGGAUAUGUUAUUUGUGUGUGUGAAAAGAAGUUGAGUCUUCAUAUUCAGUUGCUGUGAAAAAAACCAAACUCUCUUUGUUGCAUUAUCACAUUUUAGGACAGUGCUGCAGUGAUUUUGGCUAAGUGGGGUGUCAUUAUUGGAUCGAAAUACUGGAAAAGGACAAUCGAUUUUGAUUCUUGAGAUCAUUUGGUGAACAUGGUCUAGUUUUUCUUGGUGAUUUUAUGCCAAAAAAAGAUAAUUUUAGUGUAAAGAUCCAAACUUUAUUAACAAUUGGAUGUGGAUCAGUGAUGAGAGGUGAAGUUGAAAGGUUGAGAGGAGAACAAUGACUACAGGGUCAUUGGGUCUUCGUUCUUCAGGGAGUUAUGGAUCAUUACAACAACACCAAUUACAGAACAGUGGCUCUCCUUUCCAGACAAGAAAGCCCCCAAAAAUGUUUAAGGAGAAAGAGGGAUUGUUUCUUUGGAUCUGCAAAUUUGCACCUAGAAAAAAGGUUGGGAUGUUGCUACUUUGUGCUGUGUCUGCUGCAGUGUUUUUGUGGGUCUUGUAUGUUGCCAAAGGUGAAGAUACACAGGAACUUACCACCUCCAUGAAUAGUCAGGUGUUUCCUCCAGAGACCGGACAGAUUAGGCAUAUCGAUUCGAUAGAGCAAAAUAAUCUUGGACAAAUUGCAUCAAUUGAAUCUCCCCCGCCUCCACCUCCUGCAUAUUUUAAAGGGUACACUCUUCCUCCUGGGAAUCCAUGUGAAGGCUUCACACUGCCACCUCCCCCAGCAGAUAAGAAGAGGACUGGACCAAGGCCAUGUCCAGUAUGCUAUCUUCCUGUCGAACAAGCUAUUGCAUUAAUGCCAGAUGCACCGUCCUUUUCUCCUGGAGUUAGCAGUUUGGCUUACAUUCAUGAAGAAAAUUUGAGUAAAUCCGAGUUUGGAGGUUCAGAAUUUGGUGGGUAUCCUUCCCUGAAGCAGAGGAAUGAUUCAUAUGAUAUAAGAGAGUCCAUGAGUGUGCACUGCGGAUUUGUCAGGGGAGCCAGGCCUGGGUAUCAGACAGGUUUUGACAUUGAUGACUCUAACCUUCUUGCGAUGGAAUCUUGUCGAGGUGUUGUUGUGGCAUCGGCAAUAUUUGGUGCUUUUGAUUUGAUUCGUCAACCACAAAAUGUAAGUGAAUAUGCUAAAGGGAAUGUCUGCUUCUACAUGUUUGUGGAUGAGGAAACCGAAAAUUUUCUGAGAAAUUCAAGUGAACUGGAUAGUAGCAUGAGAAUUGGUUUAUGGAGAAUCGUCGUUGUUCAUAACCUACCUUAUGAUGAUCCAAGACGAAAUGGAAAGGUCCCAAAGCUUUUGCUGCACAGGCUUUUCCCAAAUGCUCGUUAUUCUCUAUGGGUUGACGCAAAACUUGAGCUUGUUGUGGAUCCAUAUCAAAUACUUGAAAGAUUCUUGUGGAGAAAAAAUGCAAGCUUUGCAAUAUCAAGACACUACAGGCGCUUUGAUGUGUUUGUAGAAGCAGAGGCUAAUAAGGCUGCUUCUAAGUUUGACAAUGCUUCCAUCGAUUUCCAGGUUGACUUCUAUAAAAAGGAAGGUCUAACUCCAUAUACCAGAGCUAAACUUCCUAUCACGAGUGAUGUUCCUGAGGGGUGUGUAAUUGUAAAAGAGCAUAUUCCGAUCUCCAAUCUCUUUACUUGUCUUUGGUUUAAUGAAGUGGACCGCUUUACUCCAAGAGACCAAAUUAGCUUUGCUAUCGUGAGAGACAAGAUCAGGGAAAAGACAAAUUGGACUUUGAAUAUGUUCUUAGACUGUGAACGGCGAAACUUUGUGGUUCAGGGUUACCAUAGAGACGUUCUUGAGCACUGGCCUCCCCCACCUCCUCCUAGUGCUGUUGCGGUUGUUCAUCCUCUGCCGCCUGUAAUUGAUGAAACUCUGAGGAUCCUGCCCAAUGUUUCAGCAUCAAGUUUCCUUACUAGUCCAGUCAAAAAGAUACCCACAAAGCGUGGGAGAGAAAGGAAAUCCAGACGUCAUAGAAAAGUUAUUCCGGGUAGUAAAGAUCUCAACUUCAGAUAAUUUUUUGUUUAGGAAAAUUCUUAUUCUUUCCUUCCCUUAAUUCAAGAAUAUGGAUUGUGGGGUUAGGAACUGUGCAAGAUGAGUCUUAUAGAUGAUGUUUACAAGAAAGGCGGUAUCAAAAUUUUCCAUCAAUUUUUUUAGGAGGUGAUCAAUUUAUUAUUUUUUGUUGUAUAUAAUUAAGUCUUAAAACAUUAUGAAAUCACAGCCCAUCAUAUACUGGACAUAAA